AUCUAUACUAAACAAGCCGAAUAGCGCCCUCUGUCGGUCUCCUCUGCUCCAAGUACAACAACGGUGUUCAAGUCGACCAGCUGCAUAAUGUGAUGACAGACAUACAAGACAGACCAUCAUAUGCUCACAUGAACUUCAGAUUGAAAUUCCACUACAUGUCAAUGACUUAGUCUACCAACAUAUGUACGAAGUGAUGUUGGUCCUAGUGAUGUAAUGGAGGGCGUAUCCAGCAAGGUCACAGAAUACGAGAAGUUUGUCAACGAAGUACUGAGGCGAGAUCUACAGAAAGUCCUGGACGAGAGAGACCAAAUUUAUGAACAGGCUGCCCAUUAUCUGCAGUUGAAGACCACCAUAGAAAAACUGCAGGAAGCCAAUUUAUCAAAGGACACUCUCAAGACUAAAAUUGACUUGGGAUGUAACUUUUAUGUGCAAGCAAACGUGCCUGAUGCAAGCAGAAUCUAUGUGCUUGUUGGCUUUGGGUUCUUUGUAGAAUUUACUCUGCCGGAGGCUCUGAAGUUCAUUGACAAAAAGUGUAAACACUUGACAAGUUUGAGCGAUAAGCUGACGAAGGAUUCUGCCGAGAUUAAAGCAAACAUCAAACUUGUUUAUGAGGGCUUGAGGGAACUACAGCAUCUUGAGAGUGAUGUAGUUGAUGACAGGGAUCGCCCUGUAUGGUGACGAAUGGGUGCACUGCACUGUACUCUGUUGCUCCAUAUAGACCAUGGGGUAUCUACGGCAGACUUCAUAGGACAGACUUCUAGCCAGGAAUUCAAGGCCACCACGGCACGAUUUGGAGAAAUUGAAUAUUCAAACUAGCCAAGUGUUUGAUGGAUAGAUCUGUAGAGUAGAUCUUCUGCCGGUCAUCUUAGGACUGCAUGGGACAAGUCGUCUUGCGUGUAUUUGAAGGUCAAGUGUAUUUGAAGGUCAACUUGGACCUGACAAUAAAUUUAAAAUAAUGCUCACCUCCACCUUGAGAGGCGGUGUAGUUUUGUUUCUAAAAAUUUUCAUAUUUUGGUUUCAACGUUUAACUCCUGAAAAAAUCCAUGUGGCCCUGGUGAAGGGACAGCUUCCAACCCUGCCCACCCCAUCCAGCUGGAUAUACUGUUGAAUUUUGGCAGGAUGUGCCAGUAUUAUGUACUGCUAAAAUUAACAAAGAGUUGUCAAAAUAGUUUGGAGCCAGCCCGCGAAUGCGUUAAACGAGGGCACACUUAUAUCAGCACAAGCAAGCAAGUGGCUUGAGCCAAGACUCAACGAACACCAGCGGCUUAUCCGAGAAUUCACCUCAAAUUCUUGUUUCUUCCGGAGAGUUUUGCAAGUUAAUGUGCAAAAACUGGAAGUGGGAAUAGCAAAAAAUCUUGAUAUUUUAUAACUUUACACAAUUUUAGGUUGCCCUUAAUUUGCCAGACGAAACGGAAAGAUAUGAAGGGUUGCCCCACGGCCUAAAUGGAGACUCAUUUUGCCAAGUGAAUUUUGCCAGGGGCCCACAGGAUGCUAGCAAUCCUGAGCAGAGAGUUGUUUUGUUCAAUUUAGUUGCAGAAAUUGCACUUAUGGCAUAAGUUGCCAUUGAUGUCGCAAUAAAUGAGGGAAAAUGGA